CUCAUUAGACGUACCCUUUCAGCUGUUCCUUGACCACAAAGUGUUGCUAUGAUGUCGAUCUUUCUCGAAAUCAUCCUUCGGUAGGACGUAUGUGCUGCUUUCCACAUUAUGGAACUCCCGGCCGUGCAUCACUCGAGAAUUCGACUGAGUGGUACUCCGAGAGCUCACAAUAGAAGGGGUAUCGUCCUUCUUCGACUUCUUUUGAAAGCGUAAUGUUGAUUUCUUGUUGCCCAUUAGAAUAAAGAAAAAAAACGUGCUUCAUGUCCCUGAAGGCAGAAAACUGUAAUUCACAAAUUAUUUGGCCAAUCAAGGAGGUGGUAACACUGACACAAAACCAAGCACUCGGAAAGUUGAGUGUUACUCUGAGACUUCAAAAUGUGCUGUUAUAUUAAAAUGAUUAAAAAGAAAACUAUUCAGUUUCGCGGAGGAAGGAAGUAUGGUAUUAGAAUUAGAAGCAUAAAACCCUUCAAUCUGAGCCAGCAUGCAUUCAUAACAACUUGCCUUCUUCAUCAUAUGUCUCCGCUUGUAAUUGAAGGUCAACUUUACAAGCGAAUACUUUUUUGGAAGCCAACCAUGCUGUUUGCGGUGACGCUGUAUACCUUUUUCCCGAGUCCGGAAUACAUAUUCAAACGUAACAUCUGCCAAUAUGUAUGUCAAUGAGGGUAUAAAAAUGUAUUCAGAGUUGCCUCACAGCCUCCUUUCUUAGUCGUGGCCAGUCUGUACCAAAAAUUGAUUCCUGACUCCCAAGUCUUGAGCCUUGAUGGUUUGCUUUAUACCAUGGACAUUAAUUUUGCCAGCUAAUUG